AGACAUUAAGCCAGUGGCAAGAUCACAGACAGACACACAAAAGAGCACACAGAGGGAACACACACUCUCUCACACACACACACAUAGUACCACAGCAGUCUGCACCCAGCAGAAAAAGGUUCGACGACAAACCCCAGGCAGCAGCAGACGCCUCUGCUCUGCUCUGACGGCUCGGUUCGGUUCGGUUCGGUUGGGCUGUCUUUGUUGAAUUAGUUUUAAGUGCAUUCAUCAUUAAUUUAGUGGUCGCCCGCACCGGUUUCCAGGCUGGGGAUACUCUUACGCACUUUUUGCUGCCGUUUUUUUUUUGUUCAAAGUGUGUGUAACCUUUGCAAAGGAAAAAUCAAUAGCAACAGACGUAGACAUUUAUUUGCCCCUGUUUAUGCGAGUAUAUGUGCAGCCCUUGGCGUCCCGUCCUCUGUCCUACUCCUUCCUCCUGCCAUUGGCCGGGACCAGCAACAGCAACCCUUGCAGAACCACAAGUAGACCCCCAGUUCGAGACCCCGUUCUCAGAUAACAAUGCAUAUUUAACUGCACCGGAAAAAUGAGCAAAUAUUAUAAAUAAAAGCAAAAGUUCCCAGACCACAAGUGCAGCCAAAACGACAGCAAUCGUCACAGUUGGGCCGGGUCGUUGCCUCAGACUCUGACGCUGCCCAUCGACAUCCUCGGCCGUUCGCCCUGCCGUCAUCGUUGCCCCGUUCAUUGAGCAAAAAAGCUGUUCCAGAAGUUGUCGGCCACAUCUCUGGUUGGCAUUCCGAUUCCAAUCGACCAUUUCUGACUUGCGUCCAGCUUGCGCAUGGCAGCCCUUGUACCUCUACUCUACUCUCUACUGCUGCUCUCAUCCCAUGCGACCCGGUGUCAUGUCUCAUGUCCACACAAUGGACUGACCAACGAAUACUCAACAAAAAUCCAAAUUCUAAAACUACCUUCAUUCGAUCUGUGUAGAAAUUUCCCUUGAUUUUGGUUCAUUAUCUUCUAGGGACUUUUUUCUCAGAGAAUUUCCUUUAUCGACUUUUUAUCACUAUCAUGAUUAUCAUGACAGUGCUGUAUGUUCAACCCUAAAAUAAUCUGGCGUUCGGGAUUAGUCUCUAAAAACACCCACAAAAAAUGAAGCUCAAUAGGAAUUUCGAUGGGCUGCAACGACACAGAUUUUCUUCCGAUUAGUUUUUGAACAGAUGUUUAGUUCAAGAGCAGAGCCUGGCCGGCCAAACAGCUGUUAAUUUGGAUAAAAGUACAACAAAAAAAGUGUCAAAAGUUUGUUUUAAAAAUAAAAUAAACAAUUAAAAGUGAUGCUUGGCUGUGAGGCAUGCAUGUUUCUCCAGGUUAAAGACUUUACACAUUGGGUUGGAAAUUCAAACAAGAGGCAACCGAAUAGAUUCAGUGUGAUUCGGUAUUCGAUUUGUUCGGUCUGUUGGAAUCAGUGUCUCAGCUUUCUCAAUCAAACGAUGCAAAUACAGCCAUUUUUUUACUGAAUCAGAUCCUAAAAUUUCGAUUUUUUUUUCUCGCUCACUACAUUUGAUUUUUCAGGCAGAGCGAACGAGAAAGCAGCACACAAAUAUGCUGAUAGCAAGAGAAUGCUUUGCGUCAAAUAAAAGCAUUAAAGUCGCCUGAGUAUAGCUGUAUGAUGAACAUACAGCUGAACAUACAUUUAAAGCUGAUCUCACCUAUCUUACAGUUAGUUCAAGUCUAGUGAAAUAUUCACCCUUUGGAUAUAUUCAGGAAAUAGAGAUUUGGAAAUUCCAUUAACCGAUUUUGUUUUACUAUUAUUACUAUUAUUAAUUAUCAAAUAUCAAAGAAUGUUGACAUUUUAAUUUACUUAAGUAAACGCAUGGUAGAACCUCGAAAGCAUUCCUAGCUGGUGCAACCGAACACCUACAAUACAUUCCAAAGAAAUUGUGCUCCACCAGUCAGUCAGUCAGUCCUUUCUUGCCACCUAACAGAAUGUGUAAUAGAUGCAAAUAGGUUUGGAAGGGUACUACUGAUUGAGUUCCAUGGAAACGGACUGACACAUGGCAGAGCAAGUGCAUACUUGGUCCGUUUCGGCCUUAGCUUAUCUGAGAUCUCAAUUUCAUGUGAUUUCUGCAAGCUCAGCAGCCAGGGCCCUUUCUCCUGCUUGCUUACGCUCAAUCACGCUUACGCAGAUUACGCUUGUCGCAUUCCCCGGGAAAAACGAUCCGCCGCUGCCGCUGCCGCCGCCGCACAUUCUUUGGAUAUCAGCUUACCGGAGGCCGCAGAUAUCCGACAACAGCUGGGGCUUGGGCUUGGUGGCAUUGGUAUUCUCGCUGUAUGGAUUGGCACUCACAUUUCAAUUUCUUUUCGCAGCUUGACCGACUCGCUCGCAGAUCUCAAGGAUUGAGCAAGAUGGCUGCCACUACCGCCAAGCAAGCAGGACACACUGUUUUAUGACUCUGAGGGGGAACCCAGAGAGCGAGAGAGCGAUUAAGCGACGAGAGAGAGUCUAAGAGCGUCCCAGAGUGAAUUAGCAGCCAGAGAGAGAGCAGGAAGAGACCCAAGGCCGCCAUCAUGGUCGACAGCGUGCAGUGCCCCGUGUGCACCUUGUACCUGCAUGCGGGUAUGAAUCUCUCCGACCACCUGGAGACUCAUCCCAAGGAGCAGGUCAUCAAGGCGCUGGUGCAGAUGACAAUUGUGGGCAACACUGGCAUGGGCAAUGCCCUGGCGGCGGCCAUGCUGGGCAAUGGCUCAUCAGCAGCAUCAGGCGGUGCAGAUGCCGGUGGCUCCGAAGACACCGCCGCCGCCGCCGCCUCCUCGGCAUCGUCGCCAUCUGUGGCUGAUGUCAAACCAGUUGUUGUGGCCGCCAGCUCAUCGGUAGCCAAACCCAUAACAUCAGCCUCGAAUGCAUCCACGGCGUCCCUGCAGCCGCCUCCACUCUCCUCCUCCUCAGCGAGCAAUAGCUGUAGCAGCAGCAGCAGCAAAUUGAGCAAUCCACCGAUGAAAGCACUGAAAUGCGCACCGCCCACGACUGAGGCGCGAGCCAACAACACAUCCAACAACGCACCCACCACAAACAGCGCAAUGACCGCACUGUACCAGCCACCGCUGGUCACCACGGACUAUCGCUACACUAAUCAGCAGCAGACGAGCUUCGCGCGUGGUACCAGCACAGCCACAGCGACCGCCACUCUGGUGAUACCACAGGUGCCCCAGCAGCACUUCCUCGCGAGCAGCCAUCCCCCUCAGCAGCAGCAGCAGCAACAGACCCACUUUACCCAUCAGCAGCAGCAGCAGCAGCAGCAUCCUGGCCUGAAGUUUACCUAUGCCACCACGCUGCCGCCCCCUCCGCCGCUGCAGCUCUUCACGCAGCAGCAGCAACAACAGCAGCAGCAGCAGACAGUAACGCAACCGCACCAGAAACCUCCUCCCGCCUAUGGAGCCGCCAUCAGUCAAAUACGAUCUCAGCACAACCAAAACAAGCAGCAACAUCAGCAGCAGCACCAGCACCAGCAGCAGCAGCAACAGCAACAGCAGCAGCAACAACAGCAGCAGCAACAUGUGACCGUUCAUCAUAACGUAACCCUGGCACCACCGUCGACGGCCCCAACAGCAACAGUAGCAGCAGCAGCUGCAGCAGUAGCUGGAGGCAAGCACACCGGCAAAGCACACACGGAAGUAUUCCUGAAUCCCCCACCACCGCCGCUGCCACCGCAGGCGCAUGCGCAGCACCAGCAGAACCAGCAUCAUCAUCACCACCAGCAACAGCAGGCACAGCAGUCAUCGAUGCCAGUGGCCCUUACAACUUCCGCCCCCAGACAGCAACAGCAGCAGCAGCAGCAGGCGGUGACAUUGCAGGCUUACGGAUCUGCUGCAGGCAGCUGCUCCACUUCCUCAUCGACGACUGGUCGAGGGAGCCGUCAGACCAAUUCUCCCUUUGGCGCAUUGCUCAAUGCGGCGGCGGCAGCUGCCAGCUCCUCGCCCUCGUCCGCGUCUGCAUCGGCCGCCUCGGUGUUGCGUUAUGCAGAGUCGCCAGUGGCGCAUUAUCUGGAGCGGGAUAACGGGGACUUUAUUGUCCAGGAGACGCCCAAGCAUAUUGUGGAGUGCGUUGAAAAGGAGGACGGCGAGUUCUCCGUGAUCGAGCGCAUCUACCAGUCGCCUCCCAGUGUUCUCCACAUACACGACGACGACGAGGACGACGAAGAUGACGAGGACGAUGAUGAUGAUGAGGAGAACGAGGCGGCACCGCAGGACGAGCACGAUCAUGUGGAGGAUGGGGACGAUGAGCGGGACGAGAACAGCCGCUGCCGCAACUUGACCAAAACAACGAAAAAGUCGCGCAAGACAAAGCCCAAGCGAACCUCCAAGAAAACCGCGCGGCAACAUCUGUCGGACGAGGAGUUCAUGAGCAUCAGCAGCGGGUGCGAGAGCGACUCGGAGCCGGAGACGAAGAUGGAGGUGCAGGCGGUGGUACCGCCUCCUCUGUGCACGGCCCCAUCUACGAGCAGUGCAGCGGCGGCGGCGGCCGCAGUCGCCACCGCGUCCACCCUGGCCGAUGGCCAUUCGAACUCCACCUCGAACUCCAAUUCGAACUCGAAUGCCAAGUCCAAGAAGAACCGCAUCACAGUGCUCAGCGAUGUGCCGCUCAACAUGAACGAGUACCUCGAUCUGAUGGGCAACAUUGUGGCAUCCAGUCGCAUCGGCACCUCUCGGCCAUUUGCCGCCGUGGCGCCCAUUCCCCUGGUCAAGGUGGAGAAGGAGGAGCCCCUGGAUGAGUACGACAAUGCGGAGGGGCAUAUGUCGGAUGCGACGGAUCCCAUGCUGCUGCUGGAGCAUAAGCCCAGCUUGGAGCAGAGCUGUGGCACAACCAGCGUCAUCCGCAUGGCCAGCGCCAUGUCGGCGGCCACGGAGGACUUCACCCAGCCGCCGCCCAUGAAGGUCGAGGUUGAGGCCACGACGCUGCUACCUCAGCGGUUCUCGACUCCUGCCCAGCUUCGUGGACCCAAGAAAUUAGUCAUCAAACCAAAGGCCACGGCAACGGCAACGACGACGACGACAACAACAACAAAACAAAAGACUGACACCCCAUCUUCCUCGAGCGCGGAUCCUCCAGCAUCCAACUGCACCUCCUCAUCCAUAUCAAAAUCCGCCACGGAGCUGGUUCACAUUAAGAGCGAGAUCACGGAGAUGCCGUCGAGCAGCAUACUGGAGAAGCAUCUGACCACACGAAAGCACUCGACGGUCAACGAUGACGAUGCUCGGGUGCUGCUGGAGUUUGCCAAUUCGAAGCAGCCGUCGACACUCGCAGGCACCGCCUCCAGCACCACCUUUGUGGUGAAUGCCAAUUCUGGUUUCCCCUCCGCGGGCUCUGUGUUUGCCAGCAGCACGGGCACGGGGGCGCCGAAGGCGGGCCCAGCCAAGCCGGGCGAGGAGUACAUUCUGCCGGACAACAAUCUGGAGGUGGACGAAAUUGUGAUAUCCUCCUCGUCUUCCUACGCCUCAUCCGUGGCGCAGGUGCAUCCAUCGCUGCCCGCAUCGCUGCAGCCACCAGCAGCUGCCGCUUCCUUUAACGACUUCAAUUUCCUGUACCACCAGACCACAACCACGGCCACAACGUCCGCGAACUGUGCCUACUUCACGCCCUUUGGCCGCCAACAACAGCAGCAGCAGCAGCAACAUACGCAGCACGGAGUCAGCGAUGCCACAAAUGCAGCCACCUUGGCCUCCUCUUCCAGCAAUUCCUCGGCGAUGGAUCACGACUCGAUGAAUGCCACGUUUCGGGUGGCCAAGACGCAGUCGCUGCAGUCCUGGUACCAGCCAGAUCAAGAUCACGAUCCACAGAAUCAGGCAGCAGCUGCAGCAUCAGCAGUCGGAGCAGGAGCGGGAGCGGGAGCAUCCUCCUCGAGCCAGAACCAGAACCAUGAAGGGGCGCAGCCCACCAACUUCAAUGCCGCAUUGGCUGCAGUCGAUUGCUGCAGUGUGGCCGUCGAUGGGGAUGUCAAGUAUCUGGAUUUGGACGCGUGCAAGCGGGAGCAGCUGAGCAGCAGCAGCAAUCUGCCAUCAGCAUCCGCCUCCACAUCGACAACAUCUUCGUCGUUCGCUGGCGCGGCCACAGAGAGCAGCCUCGUGGGUGGGCUCAACAUACGCACCGAUGAGAAAAUGCCCGCCAAGGGCGAAAUCUCAGAGCAGGAGAGCAACUGUGACAUCGAGAACUCGUGGAGUCAGUCGGUGUACGGCGACAUAUCACAGCGAUACUUUAGGAAUCAGUUCACUGGCGGCUACAAUCCCGACUGGCGGCAAGACUACUAUCCGGUGCAGGAUCUCAGCGCUCAGCAGCGGGAGCACAAGCGAUUCGAUUUUAAUGCUGUCGACGACGAGGCCUCCUCGAGCUCCAGAAAGAGUCAUCUGAUCGAUGAUCAGCCGGCAGCCACCACUUCCUCGACGUCUUCGGCAUUGCUGGCUGGUCCACCAAUCGCAUCAACGUCCAGGGCUGCCGCUGAGGCGGCGGAGGCAGCAGCUUCGGCUGCUUUGGCGCAGCGCAAGCCGCAUCGUCGCAAGCUCUACAAGUGUCCGCAUUGCGAGGCCAUCUUCGAGAAGCUGAAGGAGCGGAAUGCGCACAUGAUUGGCGAGCACAACUAUGUGCGUCAGAAUCGACGUCUGAUUUGCACACAGCCGCAGAUCGGUGAUGCAUCGAUGUUGCCCCCACCACCGUCUCAGCAGCAACAGCAGCAGCAGCUGCUCAUCGAUGAAGGUGUACAAGAGGAUUCCAAAGAUGGCAUUGUCAAGAUCAAGCAGGAACAGUGCCAGGACAGGCCGGAUGUAGAGCAGAUUGAGACCAGCCCCGAGCUACUGACCGAUGUCAAAGAUUCCCAGCUGCUGGGCAUUGGCGAUGGCGAAGCGGAUGGUGAUAUCAAGCCGCCCAGUCAGCUGGACCAAAAAAUGACACUCCCGCCAUUGGCGAUGACCACGCCAGCCGCCAAAUUGGCGGCUUUAUAUCGAAUGCUUAUUUCCUACAACGAGUCGAAGCUGGGACAGGAGCACAACAACCUCAACGAGCUGGAGCAGAAGGCGAUGGAGAAGUCCAUCUUUCUGUGCUAUGUCUGCCGCACCGACUUUCCCUCCGUUAAGCUCUACGAUGCACAUCUCACGGAGCAUCCCGCCGAGUGCUUCACCUGUGGCAAGAAAUUCUACAGGUGGAAGAACUUCUCCCUGCAUCUGAAGCGCCACUUGGGCUGGAAGGAGUUUGGCUGCUAUGUCUGUGACAAGAAGUUUGUCGUGCGAAGCGCCCUCGUCGAGCACAUGCGCAUGCACACGGGCCAGACGCCGCUCAAAUGCAAGAUAUGCGGCAAAAAGUUUAAGCGGUAUUCGAAUUUGACGCAGCAUCGCAAGCGUCACACAAAGGUGAUGGUGCGCAAGAAGGAGUACGUGUGCCACUGCGGCGAGGUGCUGCCGUCGAAGGCACGCUUCCUGUGGCACAAGGAGACGCACGAUGUGAAGCCCAAGUGCUGUCCGUAUUGCUGCGACCGGUUCGUGCAUGCCAACUCGCUGCGCCGCCACAUACGGCUGGCGCAUUCGGAUAAGUUCGACUACGCCGAACCGAUGGAGUGUCCCAUGUGCAAGCAGAUCUUUGCCAAGACCUCGAUCAAGGCGCAUAUGGCCACGCACUCGACGGAUCCGCAGUACGACUGCGCCAUCUGCAACAAGAGCUUCUCCACCAAAUGGAAUCUCAAGAUACACUCGUGGGUGCACGCCAAUCGGACGGCGAAACCGUUCAAAUGCGAGUACUGCCCAAAGGCGUUUGUGCGAGAGCUGGACUUCAAGAACCACAUCAACGCACACAAACAGAUAAAGCCGUACACCUGCGAGUACUGCGGCUGCAAGUUCAUACGAAAGUACAACUACAUGAGGCACCGACGCGAACACCACGGCACCAAGAAGUUCACCUGCGACCAGUGCGACAAGUCAUUCCAUCGGCACUACUAUCUGAUCGAGCACCGUCGCAUGCACACGGGCGAGCGGCCAUUCACCUGCACCAUAUGCGGCAAGAGCUCCACCACCAAGACCAAUCACAACAAGCAUCUGAAAAUCCAUCACUCGCGCGAUCCCUUCACCGUGGAGGUCUAAAUGAAUAAUAAUCUAACUAACAACUAACGUCUAAUAUAACCAUUAACUAGGUAGUUGUUCAUGACUCUUCUCUGUGUGUACUACGUGUGUCUCUGCUGAUGCAAAAGCAUCAUGCAACAGCAACAGCAAAACAAAACAAAUUAGUAUUACUUAUCGAACUAUUAUAUAUUUAGUUUACAUACGCGAAUGCCAAUUCUUGAUAAAACAAAACAAAAAAGAAAAACAAUUUCUUGUUCGAAAUGCAAGAAAAACAGACAUACAACAGACAGACAGACAAAACAAACGAAACAAAACAAAACAAUUAUCACAAUAACAACAUUUUACUAAUCGUACAUUUUGGAUGUGGUUUAAGAACUUAGCUAAAUGUAAAGUGUUUCCUUUCCCCCCCCAUGCCCAUCCGCAUCCCCACCCCACCACCACCACCAUUUUCCCCCAAUACGCAAAAGGCAUGCGAAUGGCGGAAUCGUUUUGCCUGCUUUAAUCCCGUUUAGUUUUAAACACAUUUUAGUAAAAUAUGGCAUACCUAGGUCAGUGCAAUAUACAUAUGUAUAAGUAUACAUCAAUUACUUAUUAUGCCGCAAAAACCAUUUAGUUUCUGUAAUUUAGUUCGCAAUAGGUUUAUUCAUUUAUGUAUGUAUAUCGAUGGGUUUUGCGGGAGGCGAAGCCCCAAUCCACAUAUAGUUAAUUUAAGUUAGCCACAAUUGGUUCUACAAAACUUUCGAGUUUUCCAAACUUGAGCACAUUCGAAGCGAAGGACAUACCUACACACAUACAUACACAGAAAACGAAUCCCAUCUAACAACUUGUUAUAUAAUUUGUAUUUUUCUAAUUGAAGAGAUUACUCUCUGCCAGCAAAUCGAACGUAAGCGAACACAACUGUCAUAUUGGAUAAACAAUUUCGAUGUACGUAGAAUAUUCUUGAUUUAUAGUAGUUGCAACUUCUCUAGGCUAUUUUAAUGGAUUGUUUCAAUGGUUUAAAGCAUCAAUUAGUUAAAAUUUCUAGCAUUAAGUGAACAAAACAUUAAGUCUAAAUGAAAUUUCAUAAUAAUACCAUGCAACCAUGCAUAAUAAUGAUAACGAAAACAAAACAAACAAACAAAAAAAAACACAAAAAAAUGAAAACCAAACAAUUUUAAAAUAUUUACAAAUUACAUACAAAUUUCAAUGAGAACUAAUGGAAAGAAACCCAUUCUAUGGAGGAAAUAAAUUCAAUUUAUGGAUAAUUACAAAACAA